AUCUUCGCUAGUAGCACGUGGCGCAACUUGCUACUUGGUGUUCCAUCACUCGUAUCUUCGUCUGUUCCUACAUCUCUUCUUCACCAAACACCUGCGUCACUGCACCAUUUGGUCUUCCAAAAUAGAUUCGAAAGCCAUGACAAAUUCAAUGAGGAAGCACAGACCUCCUGCUCUGGCCGGGCACAUGCCAGCUAAUGCUCCUACUAUGAGAGAGGACUUGGCAUUAGGCUACAGCGGCAACGUCGAACAACGCAGGCAAGAGUCAGAGGCCUGGACGAACUUUAACGGACUUCAUUCGUACUGCACAAGAAGGCACAGCGAGGGGUUGAUGAAAAUGGGUCAACUUUCGAACUCAUUUAAGAAUCUGCUCAAGCUUAAAGAUGACACUCCUCGAGCCGAGACGAUUGAUGAGGAAGCUUCAUCUGAAAGCCCACACGCAAGGACAAUAGAUUCAGUUGGAAAUGUAAUUAGAAGUCGCAGGGGUAGCUAUUGCUGUAUGAUGGAAAUGGGAUCUAAAAGUCCGCAUGGAGGACUGAUCGACAAGUUUGGAAACUUCAACCAAACUAAUCGUGAUCGUACCGAGUUAAUCUUUCGAAACUUGUGAUAUUAUUUUGAAUAUGAAUAAAGUGAAUCCAUACUGAACGG